UAUUGGCGCCAGGGCUGUCCUGCCAACACCAGAGCCGAAGGGAAGGGCAAGCGGAAGGGCCGGCGCUGGCCUCUUCUUAUCACCCCUCUGUUUCACUUCACCACUGCGACCAGCUCCGAACCUGCCUGGAUUUACUGGCAUUUAGUUACAGUUCCCAAGGUCAAGGAGGGACAGCUCUCUGAGAGGGUUUGGUCAGCCACUUGAACACUAGGGAGACCAGGGAGUCUCCUUAUGACGGAACAAGAAAGUGAAACAAACAGUGCAGAAGCCAGAGCUCCAGGGGAGAAAGAAAAUGGACGAGAAUCCAAGCGUGGAUCUGUCUGAAGCUGGGCCAGCCCAAGGUGAGAUGGAGAGCACAGCAGAGCAUCCUGCACACCAAGAGACCACCCAAGAAACACUUGAGCACCAAGUGACAAGCAGGUGGCCUGAGACCUCCUGCAGACCAGAGGAGGACCCUUUGCUGCGUAAGUCACCACCUGCUGAUGGAGGAGAGACAUCACUGUCAGAUUUAGGUGACUCAAGAGUAGAGGAGAAGGUUCCCCAGGGAACUGAAGUAUCUGUGAAGAAAAGAGAUGAUGUCUCAGAAAGAUCCCAGGAUAAAAAUGACUUGGAUGAAGCCAAGCUGGCCCAUGAUAGAAUGGACAGCAAAGGACAAAGCUCUGUCCACUCUGUCCAGCCAGAAACACAGGAGGAUCAGGAGCCAAGCAAGCAAGGGGAAAGCUCUGACACAGCAGAAGAUGAUGCUUCAUCAAGAAGCAAGAGCUCUGACAGUAAAAUGACACAUUUGGAUGUGACUGCCAGAGAAGAUGCCACCAAGGAUCACUUGGCAGAGAAGAGCGUCAGUGCCCCUGUCCUAUAUUGGGAGCCAGAAGAGCAUGUAGAGAAAGAAACCCAAGAGAGUGGAUCCCAAGGCAUGUUAAGGAGCAGACAUGGAACCAAAGAGUACACAACCCCAAAACCAGAGGCUCAAUCCUGCUUGCAGAAUGUCACCACCCAAAACACAGACCAGGAGAAGGCCAAAAAGUCCCUCCUGUGGAAAGGUGAGGAAAAGAAGCUUCCCAUUCGUGUUAUUCAUCGACCAGAAGGCACUCAUUCUCCAGGAUCAAGGCUUCUUGUCGUGAGCCUCGUGUUGGUCUGCUUCUGCAUAUACAGCUUCUGCAACCCAACCUCCGAGGGCCAGCAAGCCUCUAGGAACCCCACUGUGGAGGCGUUCCUGUCUCAGUUCAGCCAGCUGCCACACAGCUUUCCAGGUCAGAGUCCCCAGCUAUGGCUUCGUGGACGCAAGUUCCUGCAGAAGCACCUCAAUGCAUCCUACAACACACAGCCAGCCAUCAUCAUCUUCACAGCUGCCCGCAAGGGAGAGCAGACCUUGCAAUGUCUUAGUGCCCAUGUGGCCAACACCUACUCAGCUGCCCUGCAUUCCAAGACGGUCCAGAUCAAUGGCAAGGAUAAAUCCAGGCUCCAGAGUGACCAGGCCAAGCUGGAGGUGGACUCGGAGCUGAGCUCGGCUUUCUGGGCUGGUGACCGUGCUGCAGUGAUACACCACUUCGAGUUGUUGCCAGCAGAGUCCACCCUCAUUUUCUACAAGUACUGCGAUCAUGAAAGUGCUGCUUUCAAGAAUGUGGCCCUGCUGCUGACUGUGCUGCUGGAGGAGGAGAUGCUAGAGACCAACAUCAGCCUCACGCAGGUGGAAGAGAGGGUCCGUGACUUCCUCUGGGCCAAGUUCACUGACACCAGGGCCUCCACCUCCUACGACCACAUGGAUUCUGACAAACUGAGUGGGCUAUGGAGCCGCAUAUCCCACUUGGUUCUCCCGAUCCACCCAGUGCAGACCAUUGAGAAGGCAGGAUGCCAUGUUAACACCGUGUCAACCCAGGGACAAAAGCUGCCAGAGCUCUGAGAAGGGUUGGAAAGAUGGUCCUGGCUGACUCUAGUGCAGGUGGAGGCACAGUCCGUGCUAUUUCUUUUCAAUUUGUUUCUCUACCUUCCUGGGAAGAGUCUGACAAGUUGAUCCAAGCCACUGGCCAGCUGGGUUCUGGAGGUGAUAGAUCACAUGAAUCUAUCUGGCAGAUGGAAAGAGUGGAAAAUUUAGACUGCUAAUUGCACAGGAAGACAUCACUGUGUGGGGAGGCAGGAGGGAAAACAGGACUUUGCAGGUAGCAUUUCUGUCCUCAGGAAACAACGUAGGUAACGUACAAAACACCAGAAAGAUACUUCCUUCAGUAGCUCUUUCAUUUCUCCCUGCCUCUCAGUUUGCUGACAUCACAUACAGUCUCAUGAUGUACUUUAUCCAGAAAGUUUCUCUCUCUUUGUGGAGAGCCUGGAAUACAGGAAGGUCAAAUUCCCCAAAGCCCAGCAUUUUGAAGGCAUGCUUCAAAAAGAAAGCCAGUUUGGUAGUCAAGGGUUUGACCAGUCAGUCCUCACAACAGUCCCACUUGCACAGAUUGAAUGACACCCAGCAAAGAUCAGAUCUUAAAUACAGGAUGUUCAAACAAAGCUGCCAUUCAGAAGUCCCAUAAACAUGAAUUACAAGAAAUUUCAGGUUGUCAGCACUGAAACACUGCACUAAAGGGAUGGGAUCUCACGAGGGGAAUCCCAUAUGCCUGAGAAGAAGCCUGGAAGGCAGAGAGCAAUGAAAUAGAAACCAUCUAACUGUUGAAGCCUCAAAGGGUUGCACAGGUGAAAACAGUUUAACUUGGUGAUACCUCCUUUUAAAAAGUCCACUCUUGAUCCCUUUGCCACCGCAAGGCUGUGACUAUCUCUUUGGGCUGAUGCCUCAGCUUUGGUCUUAGAAGACAGACUGCUCUUUACCCAGAUCUCUGGUCUGUGUGUAGAGCAGGGAGCUGUCUGCCUGCCUCUCCCCAGCAAACUUGUAUCAAUGAAUGUAGAUGUUAACAUUGAUAUUUAUUUCAAACCACAUAGGGUAGCAUGACAGGUCCUUGUCCUCCAGAGGUAGAUUUACCUACCUGCCAGGCAGUUGGUGCUCUAGCAUAUGCUAAAGCAACUAGGAGGAGAGCUGGGAUUAGCUGCUAAAAUCUCUGGUGUUAACACUAAAAACCCUCAACAAAGCAGGGUGGUUCCUUACUGAGCCUCCUCUUCUGCAUCCCAGGAGGAGAAAUCCAAGUCCUGGGAACACUGUGGUGGCCCUGCAUACUGCCUUUUUUGCAAGUGCUCUGGAGCAGAACAGCCAACUCAAGAAAUACCUGGCGGGGCUAGGCACAAGUUACAGCAUUUAAAAUAACCCAGCAGUCAGCCUCAGGUGUCAGCCCUUUGUGCCUUCAGUGCUGCCUGCCAGAGGAGGAGCAGCUGAAGUAGAACAUGGCUUAUUUCCAUAUAAGCAGCACGACUGGGGCCUUGUGGGCCCAGGCUCUGUGUCUGACCCAAGAACACUAUGGUGUUUUUGCAGGCAGUGCAUCUGAGUGCUGCUUACAGCAACUGGACCCUGGCACUGGCCAGGUCUUCUGCCAAUGGUGCCUUGCUGAUCUGCCCCACCAGUGGCUCAGCUGAGCGAGGCACAGC